AUGGAUAUUAAUUUAACAACAGGCUCAACAGACUUGUUGGAUGUUGAAAAUAUUGAAUAUUCUUUUCCUUUACUUAUUGCGUCGAUCAUAUUUAAUUGGUCUUUUUCACUAGCAUCUUUUGCUACAAUUACUCUUCCUACUUGGAUCUAUAAACUUCUUUCGUGGUCAUUCACAUUGCAACUCAAUUUUACAACAUUAUUAAUAUUUUUUGGAUUAUCUUUUACUUUAGGAUAUUUUGUGGUUCGUUAUCGGUUUCAUAACAAAUACUCACGCCUUCCAGUAGAGAAGCCUCAAUCUCAAGGACCAUGUUAUGAUUUACAUCCCGAUGUCACUGGUGAAAGUGAAAAACCGAGUAAAUACCCAGAUGAAUUUUUGAGCAUGUUUUUGGAGGGUAUUAAAGUUUUUGGAUAUUUGGAAAAGCCUGUUUUUAAUGAACUGGCAAGACAUCUACAAACAAAAAAAUUAUUAACCGGUGACACGUUAAUGUUAGAAAAAGAAAGAUCUUUUUAUAUUGUGGUUGAUGGUCAUGUCCAAGUAUUUGUGAAAACUGUUAAUGAAGAAGAAAUAGCAUUGGAUCCAUUUGAAAGUGAUGAUUAUAAUCGUGGCUAUCAAUUGUUGAAUGAGGUUACAAAUGGUGGUACAUUGUCAAGUUUGUUUACAAUUCUUUCUUUAUUCACUGAAGAUAUUGAACUUCGAUAUCCUGAAACUGAAGAACCAACAACAGUAGCAGAGGAGAAAAAAGAUCAUGUUGACAACGUCACUGACUCGAAAAAUAAAUCAUCGGAAAAAUAUGAUGAUGGUAUUCCGCCUACAAAUGAUCAAGAAGGCUGGAAAAUUAUGUUUUCCAAUUUAAAUACUUUGGAUGAAGAAGCAGAUGAUUAUUUUGGGAAAAUUAAUCAUCAAAAAAAACCUUCAAGAAAAGAUAAAACAAAUAAUAAUACUUUGUCAAAUCUUUCAUCGCCACCAAAUGAAUAUUCAAGACCUCAAAUUCUUCGAAAAAUUUCAAAAGAAAGUUUGCAUUCAUUAAAUGUCCAUCCUAACAUCAUUGCUAGAGCUACUGUUGACACUACUUUGGCUGUUAUACCAUCAGAGGCAUUUCAUAGGCUAACGGAAAAUUUUCCAAAUUCUGUAGCUCAUAUUGUGCAGGUAAUAUUAACUCGUUUUCAAAGAGUUACUUUUUGGACCGGAUACAAAUAUUUAGGUCUGACUAAGGAUCUUUUGAGAACUGAAAAAUUGAUGAACGAUGUUGCUAGUUAUGGACUCCCAAAUGAUUUCUUUAGACCUGGUAGUAUGGAACGGCUUAGAUUAAAAUUUGUUGGUUUAGACUCAUCUCUUACAUCUACAACUACUAGAUACCUUUCAGUUCCUACCAAAGAACGUGUGAAGCCUACAAGUGGAUCACCUAUAAAUGGUCGUGACUAUGAUGCGGAAGAUGACCAGUAUCUUCGUGAAUCAGUUCUUGAAGGUAUAUCAAAGGGUAUUGGUCUUUUACAGCCUAGUUGUGAUGAUGAAUCGAUUUCAGAGACAAUUUCUUCAGUAAAUAGUGAAAUAGAAAGUGAUGUUGAAAUUUUAUUUUAUCCAAAAGGCUCCCAUCUAGUUAAGGAAGAUGAAAGAAAUGUCGGCUUAUUUUUUGUCAUUGAUGGUAUUUUAGAUGUAUAUGUUACUGCAAACAAAAAUGAUUUAUUUGGAAGCUCUACUCCAUUUGAAUCAAAAAUUACUACUCCAAUUCCUUUGUCGGCAAAAUCUUUACAUAAAAAAAAGGAAUCAAUCUCAAAUGGUCCGAAUAUUAAUACUAGAGACCGUAGCUUAUUCAUGAUCAAAUCCGGAGGUAUUGCUGGAUAUCUAGCAGCGUUGACAGGAUUUCCUUCUUUUGUCAAUAUUCGAGCUAGUACAGAUACCUAUGUUGGAUUUUUAUCAAAGGCUUCUUUAAAUCGUCUCAUGGAAAAAAAUCCAACCAUACUUUUAACUUUAGCAAAAAGAUUGAUUAAACUUUUGUCGCCAUUAAUUCUUCAUAUUGAUUUUGCGCUUGAUUGGUUACAAGUUAAUGCAGGUCAAGUUUUAUAUAGAAAAGGUGAUGUUAGUGAUUCCAUAUAUAUUGUGCUUAGUGGUCGUGUGCGUACAAUUAAUGAAAAGGAAAGUGGAGUGAUUGAUAUUCUUGGAGAAUAUGGGAAAGCUGGAGCACCACGUCCAUACACUUUACAUGCUAUUCGUGAUACUGAAUUGGCUCGCAUGCCAAAAACCUUAUUUAAUUCACUUGCUCUUAGACAUCCAGAAAUCACCUUACAAAUAUCUCGUAUUAUAGCAGGAAGGACACAUUUACAACAAGAAUUGGAUUGUAAUAUUGGUAAUACUAGCAGUACAGAGUUUGGGAAAAAUAAUAGAAAUUUAAAAACAGUCGGAAUAUUACCGGUUAAUGGAAGUGUUCCUGUGGCCGAAUUUGCCAGCAAGUUAAAAAAUGCAUUACUUAAAACCGGUGAAUCGUGCAUACUUUUGAAUCAUGCUUCUGUAGUUUCUGCAUUGGGUAAACAUGCAUUCAAUCAAAUUGGAAGGUUAAAAUUAAUUAAUUGGUUGGCAGAACAAGAAGAAAAUGCUAGAAUAGUAUUAUAUUUGGCUGAUGGGGGUAUAAAUUCUUCAUGGACUCAAACUUGUAUUAGACAGGCGGAUUGCAUACUUUUAGUUGGAUUGGGUGACUCAGAGCCAUCUAUUGGAGAAUAUGAAAGAAUUUUAAUCGGUGCAAAAACCACAGCCAGAAAAGAACUUGUUUUGUUACAUUCAGAACGAAAUUGUUCGCCAGGGACUACUCGCCAGUGGUUGAAGAAUCGAUUAUGGAUACAUGCUCACCAUCAUGUACAAAUGAAUGUUGCAAAACCAAACAUGUUGAUUGAACCAUCUAGAAAGAAUACUUUAUUGAAUAUAAAAGAUAUAAAAGAUCAAAUACAAAAGUAUUAUCCUAUAAGUUAUUAUCCUAGGAGGCAAAAAAGAUCACCCGCUAUUUAUACCGGAAAUAGAAGUGACUUUGCGAGAUUAGCACGUCGUCUCUGCGGAAAAUCUGUUGGUCUUGUUUUAGGGGGUGGUGGUGCCCGUGGGAUUGCUCAUAUUGGUGUGAUUAGAGCAUUAGAGGAAGCGGGAAUUCCAAUAGACAUGAUCGGAGGUACUAGUAUUGGUUCAUUUAUAGGUGGACUAUAUGCUCGAGAUUCAGAUAAUGUAGCAAUUUUAGGCAGAGCCAAAGCAUUUGCAAGUAGGAUGAGUAGUAAAUGGAGACAAGUUUUUGACUUGACUUAUCCGGUUACUGCAUGGUUUACAGGAUAUGAAUUUAAUCGUGGUAUUUGGAAAAGUCUUUAUGAUACACUAAUUGAAGAUUUUUGGUUGUCAUAUUUUUGUGUUACCACUAAUAUAACGUGGUCCAGAAUGGAGGUUCAUCAAUCUGGGUAUGCAUGGCGAUAUAUUAGAGCUUCCAUGUCACUAUCUGGAUUCUUGCCUCCAAUAUGCGAUAAUGGUAAUUUAUUAGUUGAUGGUGGAUAUAUGGACAAUUUACCAGUUGGGAUUAUGAAAUCCAUGGGUGCUGAUACAAUUAUUGCAGUAGACGUUGCUAGCCAUGAUGAUACGUCACCUGUAUAUUAUGGAGAUUCAUUAUCAGGGUGGUGGGUUUUACUUAAUAAAUUUAAUCCAUUUAGUAAUCAGAAGAUUCCCAGUAUAGCAGAUAUACAGUCGCGUUUAGCAUAUGUAUCAAGUGUGAAAACAUUGGAGGAAGCAAAGAAUACACCAGGUUGUUUGUAUAUGGAAAUGCCAGUGCAACAAUAUGGAACUUUAGAGUUUAGUAAAUUUGAUGAAAUUUUUGAGGUUGGGUAUAAGGCAGGAAAAGAAUUAUUAAUAAGGUGGGAAGCUGAGGGUAAAAUUGCGGGAUUAAUAGACAAAGGGUGUAAUGGGUAUCAAAGAGAUAGAAUUCAAAGAAGAAAUAAAAAUGAAUUAGAAAAAAACUUUUACAUUCAAGUAAAAUGGAGAAUGGAUCCACUAAAAAAUUUAAAUCAUAGAGAUGAGGCAAUUGUAUGUGAGAUAACGAUCAGCGAUUGUAAAUCUUUUUGGAAUCAAAAUGUCACGAUUGGUGAUCUAAAGCUUGUCAAGCCUGAAAGUUUUCAUGAAGUAUCUAAAUUUUGUGGAGCUACACAAGCUGCAUUUUCAGGACAAACAAUGUUUGAAGACUAUAAAUUGUCUUGCCGAGUAACUAUUACAGAAAAUAAAGCAAACCUUGCUUGGAGAUGUUCAUUAGAAAAUUCUGGAUUCAGUAGUAUGACAUUUCAAUUUACUCUUGGAAACAUCACAUUGACUCCUGUUUCAUCAUUUGAAACUGAAAAAUUAUGGAAAGAAUGGUUGAAUUUUUUUCUUGAUGAGCGUCAAAAUUUGUUGGCAGGUAGAAACGCUUGUGAGUCUCGUGUAUCAGCAUUAGAAAACAUUCGGGAUCAAAUGCAAGAAAAAAUUGAAGUAAUGAUUAGCGAGAAGUUGAAUGCCGAGGCAAUAUUAAUGGAAAGGUUUAAAAAAGUACUUAAUGCUAAAAAAAAGAAAAUUAGAAAAUUGAUGAAAGCUUUAAGUUCGAAUGGAGCAAUCAUACCAGGACAGGGACUUGAUCCGUCUGAUUUUUCAGCAGAACAGGAACUUGAUCCAUCAGAUUUUCCAGCAUCCAAAAAAAAUAGAUUCGACAACACAAUAAAUAACGUACCUUCAACAAAUGACGAUAUUGAUAAUGUUGAUUAUAGGAAUAGUGUAAAUAAUAAGGGUAAAGAAAAGGUUGGGGGAAGCGAAACUUAUCACGGUCGUAAAAUACUUUCAACAGAUGACGAUAUUGAUAAAGUUGAUUAUAGAAAUAGUGUAGAUAAUGAGAGUAAAGAAAAGGUUGGAGGAAGUGAAACUUAUCAUGGUCAAAUAGUUAAAUCCAGAUUUUUAAGGCGUAAACACUCUCAAGCAACACCAAUUGAACCAUCAUCGGCUAUGGAAGAUGUUAUAACAGAUAAUUUAACAAACAAAUCGAUGCAAGUAAGCGGAAUCUCAUCUCGAACCAAUAAUGUAGAAAACACUGAAUCUGAUGCUGUUGAAAUUUUAUUAGAUCAAUUGUGA